GAUUCGUACAAGGCUGCAGUCUAGGCAUGCACCUAAAAUUUAGAUUAUGUCAGGAUAUGGCGUUAUCUAUUGUUUUCAUUUUGAAUAAAAGCAAAAUUUUCAACCUUUAUGAUCGAAUCGUUGGUCUUAAAAUAAUACUGAAGCGAUUCUCUCCAGAUGUCAGUGAGUGUUCCAGUGGAUUACACAGCUGCAGUGCUGAUGCAGUGUGCAGCGAUACCAAGGGAUCGUACAAGUGUUCAUGUAAACCUGGGUAUUCUGGAGAUGGAUGGUCUUGCAAUGAUAUAGACGAGUGUAUCGAGGAAAUAUCCAACUGCAGUGCUGAUGCGGUGUGCAACAAUACCAAGGGAUCCUACAACUGUAUAUGCAAACCAGGAUAUUCUGGAAAUGGACAAACGUGCAAAGGUCCGUCCUUAUACACAUGCAAAGAAAUUUUUGAAAGUCAAAGUUCAAAUGAAAACAGAGCUUACACACUCCGAGUGGAUAAUGUAGAGGUCCAUGUUUACUGUCACAUGACUGAUGAUCUAAUGAAUUGCGGGGGCGGUGGUUGGACGCUAGUCAUGAAAAUCAACGGCACAAAGCCAACCUUCCAGUAUAACUCUCAUCUCUGGAGCGACAAAAAUGCUUUUAAUCUUGUUGGAGGCAUGGCUGGGUUUGAUCUUCAAGAAACCAAGUUACCGACCUACUGGAACACUUCCUUUUCCAAGAUCUGUCUCGGUAUGAGGAUAGGCAGUCAGAUCAAUUUCUUUGCAAUCAACAGGCAGGCAAACUCACUAUACUCACUGAUCGCUGACGGCCAGUACCGCAACACGUCAUCAGGUCGAACCACUUGGAAGUCACUGAUUGGUUCUCAGGCUUCUCUACAACAUAACUGCAACAAGGAAGGGUUCAAUGCUAUGUGUAGUUCCCAGAGUGCCUCGAAAGCAAGAAUUGGUUUUCUUGCCAAUAAUCAGGCCAAGUGCAAUACUUGUGACUCUAGAAUUGGCUUUGGUACAGGAGGGUAUCCUGACGACACAAACACAUGUGGUAACCAAGCAACACUCACAACCGACAAUGGAGACAAACAUAUUAAAGCCAUGGGGUAUAUCUUAGUGCAGUGACAAGGAAAACAGCGACUGUCGAAUAAAAGGCGCUGAUAAACGUAUGAUUUUAACUGGAAAUAAGUAUGUCGAUAUAACGUGAGGAGAUACAAAGAAAUAACAUGAUUAGUCUAAACUUUGAUUUUCUCAAACCAUUUUUCUUUUUUUUCAUGCUCAAAAUCGAUCAAGGUUAACGUUUCGUUGAUAGUGUGGGGGUCGGGAUCAGAGUGCAAAAAGCCCCUUGGUUAGUUCAAUGAAUAAAAGCGAUGUUACCACCCUCCCCAGCUUAAAAUCGUUAUUUUACUAAUAUAGCAUAGCCUGUUUGCUAUCUUCCGGCAGCCCAGGGAAAUGGAGAAGAAACUUCACACGACAUAGGAUUUUUCUCAUUAUUGUCACGAUUAUUUUAUUAUUAUUCUCUUUGGCUCUUUUUUUUUCUUUCAUUUGUUUUUUUUUAGGACUUUUUGGUAAUUCUGUUCUUAAGAAUGAUGUCCUGAUUGAAAAGAAUCGCUUAAACUAUCCAUAAAUGGAAGAAUGAAAUAGAUAAAAAUAAAUCCCCAAAGUAGAUGUUAGAAGAAAAAUUGGCAUCCAACAGGAAUUUUCUUUAUGUGUUUUUUUCAACUUAAGGUUUAAGUAAGUAAGUAAGUAAGUAGAGCUUUAAUUGAAUCCAUAUGGAGGCCUGUCUAAGGCUGAAUUGCAUUAAUUUACAAAUUCCAUUAAUACAAGGCUUAUAAUAUGAAAAACUAAAAGGUUUGGAAAUGCAUAAAAAUAAUAUACUAUCAGAAGCCAUUCAGCUAAAAAAGAAUUAAGCUAGUUGAUCGUUUCCUAUUUCUUUGGUGGUUUUACCCUAUAAUUGUUAUGAUCUUAAUUCUUAAAUUUUAAUUUAGCGCCUUGAACACCUCUUUCUUUAAGGUGACUUUAAGGGUUAAUUACUUAUAUUUUCCGUUCUCCGCACUGAAUUUGUAAUUGUAUAACUUGUUUAGGAACGCAAGCUCUCUUUGGGGAUAAGAGGGCGGUACUUUGGGUACGCCCUUUUUUCCUCAAACUCUCUACUGUUGUUGUUUUGUUGUUGUUGUUGUUGUUGUUGGUUUUUUUAUUAUUAUGUAACAAUUUUCAAAGACUGUUUUCUCUGUAGUUAUCUUUUUUCGUGUAAUUUUGAUGCUUUUAAUAGAUACUCUAUAAUUUUUAUGUGACCAAUCUUGUUUUCGUUUUCAAUGCCAGAUCUUAGCCGCAAGAGUAAGAAAUUUAACGCAGAAAAUGAUUUUGUAAAGAGUAAAUAUCUCGAAUCUCAUACUUAGUAUGUGGAAGUUGUUUUCACGUAACUUGAAGGGAUUCGCCAGCUAAGUGAGAAAUGAUGACGAUGAAUGAGGAUUGAUAAAUUAGUUAGUGUCACCUUAAUAAGCUGGUGACCAACACUCACACUCAGUUCUGAGCUACACCCCGAAGCAGUAAGUUCUGUAACGUAA